AACUUAUGAAACUUUAACAAAAACUGCAGGUGUUUGUCUAUCUGGUGAUUUUUUGGUUAAAACAUGCCCAUUCUUCAUUUAGCGAAGUUACUCACAUUGGGUAGAGAAUCCAGAAAUUUUACUCAAGUAAGAGUAGCAAUACUUCAUAAUAAAUUAUUACCCAACUUUGUGAAUAUAACAUCUACAAGUAUGAAUCUACCAGUUAGCCAGAAGAUUUAGCAAAUUUAUUAUAAAUAAAACAUUUAACAACCAUUAGCUUGGGGGAUUUUAAUGAAAAUAGAAUUUAAAAAAUUCAAUUGAUAGGUGAGCAAUUCAAAAAUACCUUAUUAAUCCCAAAGGGAAAUUAAAUGUUAUGUUUAAUAAUAAACCUUCUACAUUAAGAUUUUAAAUUUUAUACUUAUCUCAGUGUUGUAGAAAAGGUGAACCACGUGACCCUGUGAAGGCCAGUUCAAAGAGUGUCGUAACUCUUUUUAAAGGCACUGGUUCCGCUGAAAAGCCUCCAUUUUGCGCAGUUCAUCCCACUUCCUGGUUUCUGGGAAGGAAGGGACCGACAGCAGCGGACAGUAUGGCUCUGCUUGUGGGUCAGUAGUGCGGGUAAAGUCUGCCGUGACAACCAGAAACAUUGAAAAGUGGCCCAGUAGCUUGUUUUAUAUGGCAACACGCAGAGGUGUCCUACUCGGGCAGUGACUGUAGGUAGCCGAACCGAGUUGACACUGUCAGCUUUGAAGUAAACAGCUCUAUGCUAACAGCUAGUCGCUAACAUUAGCCCCGGCUAACCUGUGAAUUUCUUCGGCGGCGUUCAGCCAAACUACUGCGACCUGCCAGCAGCCUUCCUCGAGCCGUUUCUUUUUCUGUUUGUUUGUUUAUUUUUACCAUACUGCUUCAACGAGAGACUGCCACACCAGCACUUUCCAUUCAUGUUGUUUGGGCAAACGAGAGUACCGAAGUUCCGAGAAUCGGUGUAUGCUGUCAUUAAGAAGACAGUAACUCCAUUGGCCUUUGACCCCCAGAGAGUGUUCCCAGUAAAGGGACAGGAUGCCGAUUCCUCCUCCCCCUCCACCUGGACCCCCACCUCCCCCAACCUUUAGUCAGGCCAACACCACGCCUCCGAAGCUGAAUUCGUCUGAGACGAAAGGCCGUGGAGCCCUGCUGUCAGACAUCUGCAAAGGAGCCAAGCUGAAGAAGGUCGCUGAAGUCAAUGACCGCAGCGCUCCAGUACUGGACAAACCUGGAGGAGGCGGAGGAGGUGGAGGUGGAGGCGGAGGCGGUGGCGGAGGCGGAGGCGGUUUUGGAGGUGGAGGCCCGGUUGGAAUGGGAGCGCUUUUCCAAGGAGGCGUUCCAAAAUUACGUCCAGUCGGAGACGGUUCAGCUGUUGGUUCAGUCGGCAGAUCUGCCCUUCGACCCCCGGGGUCACGACCCGCAGCUCCUCGCCCCCCCGGCGGUCGCUCCACCUCGCCCACCCCGGCCAACAAGCCGUCUUCAUCGGACCACCAGCGGUCCCACCGCCCCUCGCUGCCGGACAUCAGCCGCCCCCCCGGCAACAAUUCUUCCAGCGGGGGGAUGAAGCACAGCACCUCUGCUCCUCCGCCUCCUCCCCCCUUCAGCAAAGGUAGCCGUGGCAACGCUCCUCCCACCCCGAACCAGAAAGGUCCGUCCUACAGUAGAGACAAAGUUCUUCCUCCAACACCCACCAGAGGCUCUUCCUCCUCCUCCUCCUCUUCCUCAAGCAGCAACGUCAAGUCUAAUCAUUCCUCCAGCAAACCGCCAAGCAGCGGCUCGUCGAUGCCACCGCCUCCUCCGCCCUACAGGCCGAGCGGCACCGCCAACGGGCCGUCGCAGGUAGACGGUGGUGGGGCUCCGGAGCUUCCUCAGAGAAAAAACUCGCUACGCAACAAACGGACCUCAGGAGGCAGCGGUGGCGGCGGCCAAGGUCGUAACCACGCCCCGCCACCGCCUCCGGUGCCGCCUUCUUCCUCCCAGCAGGUCAGCAGACCGCCACCGCCAGCCAGAGAACCACCUGGACGCAAAACAGCCCCUCAGUUGCCUCCUUCCAAUUCUCGUAAUGGUGGAAGAGACGCUCCUCCGCCGCCCCCGUACCGCGGGCAUAGUACUGGAGUUUCAGAACAACACGGCCGGGUGAAACCCCCGCCGCCCCCCUCGCCUUCACCAGUCUCAUCUUCCUCAUCCUCCCGGACCCCGGCCGGACCUCCUCCUCCUCCUCCACCUUUCAGGAAUGGCCACUCCACCGGUCCCUCCUCCAAAUCCAUCAUGGAUGAUUUUGAGUCAAAGUUCAACUUUCACCCCAUUGAAGAUCUUCCACCUCCUGAGGAGUUCAGGCCCUUCAACCGGGUUUACCCCAGCAAAUCUGACAGGGUAGUGUUGAGAGGAGCUCCUCCAGCACCACCUGUGGGGAGGUGAACCAGUUUCCACUCAGGACUUUAACUGUGUCAGAAGACAUAAUGAGCCAGCAGGGGGCGGUGGAGAGACACGCGAAUCUUAGACACACUACAUACGAAACGACGCUAAGCCAGCCCGACGCACCGCGGCACAAACAACGUAAAGUUUUGACACCGCAUCAGAGAACAAAACCACCGACUCUGCUCAGCUCCACCUCCUCCAACGAUGGGACACAACACGACAUAUCAGGACCAGAACUCUGAAUUAUUCUUUUAAUGACAACUAUUAUGAUUUUUCUCAAUUCUUAACUUGGCUUCUAUUUUUUUUUAUUGGGUGUCAUUAUUAUGUCUUUUUGGGGGGAAAUCAACUUUAUAAAUGGAAACUAUGUUGUUAAAUGUUUCUGAGAAGCUCUUUGCGCCACAGAUGUGGGGUUGUUGUUUAGGUUUUUGGUUAAUCGCCGUUCCCGUUGCCAGGUAACGGUGUUCCUUUGCAGCCAAUUUUUUAUUUUUUUUCUGCAUGCCAAAAGCUUUUUGAGUCACAUUAUUUUUCCUCUGUAUGUAAAAUAGAUUUUUGCAUCUUGAUGCUGUCAACUUUUUACAUUUGGAGAGGGAAUGCAUUCCUUUUUUCCACUUUUCCUUCUUUCUGAAUGUUCAUAUUUCCAUCGUCAGGCGAUUUUUGCACUUCACCUUAACCGCUAAAACCAACACUGUGCAUGAUGCUGAUUUAUGCACUUUAGAGAUAAAAUAUUUCUUAUUCAGUUACGUUUGUGUAACAUUAUAAGCUUGUUCAGUGAUGUUACAGUGACCGGAUCGUCACUGUUUAGUCGAGCAUGAACCCGAAACAGGUUAGAGGAUUUAUUUGGGAUUUUCCACCAAAGUAGUUCCAGUUCUUUACUGGUUCUAUUACAAUCCAGUUUGUUGUUUUUUUCCACAGAGAACCGGCUCCAACUGUAAAAUAUCUGAGGCACUUUAUUGACAACGAUCCCAGAGAUUUUAUCUUUUUUUCUGUCUGAGCUGCCAACAGAAUUUACAUCCUGAUUAAAUAGAUUUAUUAACACCAGGCCCAAGAGUACUGCAAAAAAACUAAAUCUUACCAAGUAUUUUCCUUAUUUCUAGUGCAAAUAUCUUGGUACACUUGAAAUAAGACAGAA